CGUCUCCGCAGCGACGAUGGCGCUGAACGCGGCGGCAGAGGAGGCGGAGGCGCGGCGGGAGCGGCAGGAUCGGCUCAGCCGGACCAUGGGGGGGCUCCUGCUCCGGGGGUACCGAAUGCUGGGGAGCUGCUGCCCCCGCUGCGGGACGAUCCUGCUCCAGGACAAGGAGCAGCGGCUCCUCUGCGUGACCUGCCAGGACUCCCAGGGGACGGGGCGGGGGACGGCACUGGCCGGGGGGUCGGGAAUUGGGGGAAUUUGGGGGAAUUUGGGGAAGGGCAGGGCUGGGAAUGGCAUGGGGGAAUUGCUCCUGACCCUCCCCGCGCCUCUCCCGCCGCCCCGCCCGAGCACUGCGAGCGGCAGCUGCCGUCAGGGGGCCCCCCGGCCCCCGGAGCCCCUGAGCUCGGGGAGGGGGCAGUGGGGCUGCAGCGUCGCGGUGCUGGCCAAGCUGGGCUGGGCCGCGCGGGAGCUGCCCCGGACGGGCUCGGCCGAGGGGAGUGCCCAGCUCUGCGCCCUCGUCAGCGCCUGCGCCAGCGCCCUGAGGGGGCUGCAGGGCCUGGACCCCCCCCGGGGGGCUCCCAGCACCCCCCUAAACCCUGAGAGCCCCCCCUGAGCCCCUCUGAAACCUUGGACAUCCCCAGAACCCCCUGAGCCUGCGCCAGCGCCCUGCGGGGGCUGCAGGGCCUGGACCCCCCCCGGGGGGCUCCUCAGCACCCCCCCAAACCCUGAGAGCCCCCUGAACCCCCCCCAAACCCCUGGACAUCCUCAGAA